AUGUAUAGCAUCAUUUUUUUUCUUAUUUUAACAACGAAUGGAUUUAUUUUUUCUGAUAAAGAAAAUAUAAUUCUUGUACCAUCAGCUGCUUUUCGAAAUCAUUUAAAUGUAGUAUCAACUGAUUGGCUUUUAUAUAAUCAAGGAUGGUAUUAUGAAGAAGAUUCUAUUCAAGCUGUAAUCAUGGAAAAGUCAUUGGAGAAAAUUAUUAAAAAAGAUUUAGAUAUAAAUCGUAUUAAACUAUUUACAGCUCAUGGAAAAGAAAAGAAAAAUGUAUGUAUUGAUGGUUUAAAUCGAUCGAUGUGUACAAGUACAGAUGAUGAAGGUAGAAUUAAAAAUACAUUUCAAAUUACUAAUAAUGAAAUGAAUCGAUUUGUACGAACUGAUAUUAAUACUGCUAAAGUUCUUUAUCAAAUAUCAGUACCAAAUAAAAAUAUUCGAACAACUGGUGAAAUUUAUUUAUGUGAUGAUAAUGGUAUAACAUUUAUAAGUGAUAUUGAUGAUACAAUAAAAAUUACUGGUGUUACAUCAUCAACAGAUACACUUAUUAAUACUUUUAGUGGUGAUUUUAAAUCUGUUUCUGGCAUGUCUGAUAUAUAUCAGUAUUGGCAAAAAAAGUAUAAUGCAACAUUUGCUUAUUUAACAGCAUCUCCUGAUCAACUUUAUCCAUUUUUACGUGAAUUUCUUGAUCGUGAAAAUUUUCCAUCUGGUUCUUCUCAUAUGCGUCAUUUUACAUGGUUUGAUGAAAAUUUCAUUUCAUUUUUUAUGUCAAAUAAUUAUAUUAAAAGUAAAACUGAAACAAUACAAAUGUUUAUAGAUAAUACAUUUAAUCGUACAUUUAUUUUACUUGGUGAUAUAUUUCAAAAAGAUCCUGAUAUAUAUGCAAGUAUUUAUAUGAAAUAUCCUAAUCGAAUAGGAAAAAUAUUUGUUCGAAAAUAUAAUAAUGAUACAAGUGGCCUUCAACGAUUACAACAAGUGUUUCAAGAUAUACCUCAACGAAAAUGGUCAACAUUUGAAUCGGGUAGUGAUUUACCAAAAGAUAUUUUUCUUGUUUAA